AUGUCAUUUUUCAGGUUCGUCCCCAUCUUGAACGCUACCCUAUGCGCACAAUUUGUCCCUGAAAUAUGGCUCCUUGCUCUGCAGGAGGCAGACGAAAGGCUCAAACAACCGGUCGCUCCGGCCCAGACGGACCGUGAGGACCACGAUCCGACUAGCAUCUUGCAUAGGGAGUAUGCGCACAAGCGCAGGGAGCUCUUGGAGAUCGUCCACGACCUGCGUGCGCUCGGGUCUGAAAAGGAGCUCGAUGUUCCUCAGAUUGCCGUGAUUGGAAAGCAGUCAGCGGGAAAGAGCUCGCUUGUGGAAGCUGUCACUGGGAUCAAAGUCCCUCGUGAUGCCGAAACAUGUACUCGAUGUCCAACGGAAUGCACAAUCACAGCGGACUCACAAGAAUGGUCCUGUACAGUCACCAUCCGAGGCAGCAGCCAAGAGUUCAGUGGCAUCAUCCAUUCCAAGGACCAAGUUGAGCUCUGGAUCCGUCGGGCGCAGGCAGCCGUACUGUGUCCCCACAUCUCCACGGAUACCUUCAAGACUAAGAAUCGUGAAGAGCUUAAAGACAUCGCUGACUCCAGCGUCGACAGCAAUGUCCUCAAGUUUAGCAAGAAGGCGAUAGAAAUCAGGAUCUCCGACCCGGAAGGGUCGGACCUGAUGUUCGUUGACCUCCCUGGCCUCAUCCAGUCCGGCGAAGAUGAUAGUGUCAUCAACAUGGUCGAGGAGAUGGCUUCUGAGUCGAUUUCUCGUCCGUCCACCAUUAUCCUGGUCAUUGUUCCUGCAGAAGAUGAUCUUGACAACCAGGGGGCGAUGAAGUUGGCCAAAACGGCAGAUGAAAGCGGAGAGCGUACCAUCGGUAUUGUCACGAAGGCAGACAGAGUAAGCGUUAGUGCGACUGGCCGACAGAAGGCAUGGAAGGAUCUCUUUGAAGGCCGCGCAACCAGGCAUAAGCUCCGUCUCGGUUAUUACGCCGUAUCCCUCCCCGAUGACAAGCAGCGUGCUGACAAUAUCACUCGUCGCGAGGCUCAGCAACAAGCGAGUCGUGUUUUUGAUACAGUCGCUCCUUGGAUGGACUUGAGAGCGACUUGUCCAGGGCGCCUAGGGGUGCAGGCUCUAGUCCAUGACAUUAGCCCCCUGCUCUUGAAGAUGCUUGUUGAUGCAAUCCCACGGCUAAAGGCUACUGUCGAUCAGCUACUGGAUUCUUGUCUCCAGGAGUUCCGUAGACUACCUCCGCAGCGUACCAGGAACACUGCUUCCGAGCUCGUUCAGCUCAUCAGCGCAUUCUGUGAAUCUGUCAUAGCUACGGCGAAGGGUACUAGCGAGGACAAGAGCUUCGUACAUCGUAGCCGCGAGGCUUACAAUUCCCUCAAAUUUUCCAUACGCGCCACGGCACCCGACUUCAGACCAUUUGAAUACCCAGCACAGUUUUGCAAGCCCGGAGAUCCGAGCUCUGUACAGGAGAACUCAGUGCAAGUUGUGGAAAGUCCAAGAGCGGCCUCUCCUCCGUCGAGUGAGACAAGACCUGGUUCCCCAGUCAUCGAAAUCAGUGUGCCUGCUUCACCGAUUGAAGUGCAUCACGAAGUCGAGGGUAUUGUACUGGGUUUGAUGGACGUGAGACAAGUGAUCAAGGAGGAGACGAGUUGGGAGCUCCCGCACAACAUCCCUUAUUCUGCCAAAACUCGACUCAUUGGGCAAUUCGUGCGGCGUUGGUCGGACCCUUCCCAGCGCUGUUUCUUGCGCAUGCAGAGGGUCCUGGACGAGUAUGUGUUCGACAAGUUGAUUCCCCUCCACUUUGCCCAGUACUCGGCUCUCCAGGGCUUCGUGAGAGAACGACUUCUCAGCAAGAUGAAAGAAUACAUUCGCCAUUCGGAAACCUCGGUGCAAGAUGUUCUCAAGCGCGAGGAGACUCCCUACUUCACUCAGAACGGACAUUACUUCGAGACCUCGCGAGACCUCUGGAUGGUGCGUUAUCUGUGUCUAUAUGGUAGAAGGCUGAACAAAUGUUCGAUUGCGCAGCCCCCGAACGAGUUUGUAGAUGAGCUGAACGUGAUGGCGGACGUCCGUGGCUACUUUCAAGUGGCAUACAAACGAUUGAUCGACGAGAUCCCCCGGACGAUACACCGUGACUUUGUAGAAGGCUUUGCGCAUAGCCUGCAAACAUAUCUGUUGGACGCGCUGGACCUUGGAGGUGACAACGCGUCCAAGCGUAUCCAGAUGCUACUCGAAGAGGACCCUCGGAUAAGGGACGAUAGGGUGCGCCUGGAAGAAAGGCGAAAGUGCUUGGAGAGUAUCAAGGCUAGGUUGGAUAGCUUCCGGAUCUGA